AUGUUUGUGCUCACCAACUCCAAAGCGGUGUUGCCAUAUCUGGGCGACUCGGAGGUCGUCGAGGACAAUGUGGAGGGUCUCCAUCUCCCCCCUCCAGAGGACGAACUACCCUCCUUCACACAGGCGAUCCAACAACUAGCGCAUGAGUCAACGCCGUUCUACCCGGCCAUCAAAACCACAGACACAGACCUGCUGCAACUGGAGGAGCCGUUGACGAUUGAGCUCGUGCAGAAAUGUCCCCUGGGGUCCGGCACGCAGUCCACCUCCAUCUGGUCCACCCAGGUGCUCAGCCCAGGCACCCAUAUGCCAGACAUGGUCAGUUCGACACUCCGAGACGUGUGCAUUCCCAUCCAAAACUCCACUCCAGAAUCGGUCCAUGGCUACCUGUCGUACUCGAUACGAGUGUCCUAUGUGGCCAGGCCCAAGAGCCGCUUUUUGAAGAAACCACAGAAAACCUCGGCUUUACUGCCUCUCACGAUCCUCAGAAACGCCCCACAAAGUGAUACAGAUACAGACCGAGGAGCGCGCUAUCUAUGGCCCCAAAGAGCAGAUGUGACCUUGCAAUUGCAACACUCGAAACUCGUCAAUGAUAUCAUCAACCUCAAAAUGCACGUGACUCCCCUCCAGGAUUAUCUCCCUGAAAAGAACGCCAUCAAACUGAAAGGAGUCGAGGUGAUUCUGACUCAACAAACAGGUUCAACCACAAGCACAUAUCCUCUGUUACGAGACAUGAAUCCGCCCAAGACUCUCGAUUACUCACUAACCGUCAAAAAUCUGCCUCUCAACUCAUCCACAUCUCCCCAGCAUCCCUACCCGGUAUCUCACCUGGUAUCUACAACGCUUCGGUUCCAGUUUUGGGAAAACAACAAGGUCAAAUAUUACGAUGUGCGAUUCAAGACCAAGGUGUCUCUCAACCUCAAUGGCGACGCUCCUCCUAUUUAUGCCACUUAA